AUGAACUGCGAAAUUCCUGUUCUGAGAAGAUCGGAACCGAGUAUAAUCAGCGUGAAGGUAUUCCCGAAGGACGAGAUUGCCAGUGCUACCACCCAGCCAGCAGUUACGACUACCCCCGCCCCUGCAACUGCGGAUGAGGCGCCGGCCACACCUUCUCACCCGCCCUCUUUGUCUUUCCGUUUGGAGGCUCCAGAGCCCACAUAUCCACAGUUGUUGAAUAAUCCUCCUGCGAGCCCAAUCACCAACCAACCACAUCGCAUAUCGGAUGACAAGGACGAGGAGUCGUCUGUGCCGAAAUCGUUCGAUCGCUCGGAUUUCAAACACUGCCAUAGAGACCACAAGGAGUUCCUGCACGAUGACAAGAGGGACUUCGAGGGCGUGAGGCGGAUGCACAAGUUUACCCUCUAUGAGACCGCUACUCGGUUCUACAUUGUUGGAUCGGACCUUUUGGAUUCCAGAUUUCGGAUCUUAAAGAUUGACAGGACGGCUGAGAUUGGGGAUUUGAGUAUCACGGAAGAUGAGGUUGUAUACACCCGAGAGGAGACGGCGAGGUUAUUGGCGACCAUUGAAGAUGGAAAUAUUUCUACUGGGGGGUUGAAACAGAAGUGUCCGUUUUGGGGAUUACUGGGGUUCAUCAGGUUUACUGGGGCGUAUUACAUGCUUCUUAUUACAAAAAGGAGUAUUGUUGCUAUGGUCGGAGGGCACUACGUGUACCAGAUCGAUAACACCGAGCUGGUACCAUUAACAGCCGGGACAGCACCGAAGAAACCAGAGAGAAACUCGGAGGAGGCACGCUUCGUUAGUAUUCUUAGGAAUUUGGAUCUCACGAGAUCAUUCUAUUUCAGUUAUUCCUACGAUAUCACUCGGACACUCCAGCAUAAUAUUAUUCGUCAACGGGAGGCUUUGGGCAAAGGACUCGCAAACCCGAAUAAUCACGAUUACAAUGACAUGUUCGCUUGGAACCAUUACUUGCUGGAGCCGGCUAAAUCGCAUAUGAGGAAUGCGUAUGACUGGUGCAUGCCAAUUGUUCAUGGCUAUGUCGAUCAAGCUGCUAUUUCCGUCUACGGGAGAGUGAUCUACAUCACUGUUAUUGCUCGGCGCUCUCGUUACUUUGCAGGUGCAAGGUUUCUGAAGCGUGGUGCCAAUGAUCUGGGAUACGUUGCAAAUGAUGUCGAAACAGAGCAGAUUGUUUCCGAAAUGCUCACUACCUCGUUCCAUGCGCCUAUGAAGAAUCUUUACUCCAACCCGAACUAUACAUCCUACGUACAACACCGCGGUAGUAUUCCGCUUUUCUGGACGCAGAAGAGUGAUGCAGCCACUCCCAAGCCACCUGUUGAAAUGAAUCUUGUGGACCCGUUCUUCAGUGCUGCCGCGUUGCACUUUGAUGAUUUAUUCCAGAGAUACGGCGCACCUGUGAUUGUUCUAAACCUCGUCAAGUCUCGAGAACGAACGCCGAGGGAGUCAUUAUUGCUAAAGGAGUUUACUCAAGCCAUCAACUAUCUGAACCAGUUCCUUCCAACUGAAAAGAGUAUCCGAUAUAUAGCUUGGGAUAUGUCUCGUGCGUCGAAGAGUCGAGAUCAAGACGUGAUAGAGACUCUUGAGACAAUCGCCGAGAACGUAUUGAAUACAACAGGAUUCUUCCACAAUGGGCUCAAACCGGGAAACGAGAGUGAAGGCGGCUACUCACUACAGAACGGUGUCUGUAGAACAAACUGCAUCGACUGUCUCGAUCGAACGAAUGCUGCGCAAUUCGUUAUUGGAAAAAGAGCAUUGGGACAUCAACUACACGCAUUGGGAGUUAUCUCAGGCACAAGCAUCGAUUACGAUACCGACGCUGUGAACUUGUUCACGCACAUGUACCACGACCACGGGGACACAAUUGCCGUUCAGUACGCUGGUAGUCAUCUAGUAAAUACCAUGGAGACGUAUCGGAAGAUUAAUCAGUGGACGAGCCACUCGAGGGAUAUGUUGGAGAGCUUCAAGAGAUAUUACAACAAUUCAUUUUUGGAUGGGCAACGGCAGGAGGCGUACAAUUUGUUCUUGGGGAAUUACAUAUUUGCUCAAGGGCAGCCUAUGCUUUGGGAUCUAUCUACAGAUUACUACCUUCACCACGCAGACCCAAGGCUUGGCAGGAGGCGUCGCAGCUACGUAAAAUGGUGGACUCCUAAGAACCUUGUGAAGCGAUCGAUGCCGGAGAUUCCACCGCUUUCAGGUGAGCUUACAGCAAGGCCUUAUAGCCACUUUGACGAUUACUGGUUGGAAUACUAUCGCCCAAAGGCUCUAUCCUCAUUCCUCAAAGUCUUCACCUAUAAUCUUAAUUCGACCCUAAGAUACAUACCAGUCAAGAUGACACAAACUGGCCGAUACGACCUAAGCCCAUUUACCGUUAGAUCAAAUCACGUCGAUCAUCAUCACCACCACCACGACGCCGAGAACGCGGAGGAAAAGGCCAAGGCCGAACGGGACUCAGAAACUGCUGAAGGCCGCCUCAAAAAGAUCACAGCCCUCCACGGCUGGCUCCCACCACAAAACGGCAUCGCCCCCCCGCCGCCACCCCCACCGCCCCUCCGGAAGUCAUCCAGCAUCUCAGUUCACCACCAGCUCGAACUAACCCGUGGCCUCAGUAGCUCGACAAAACAGCAUUUCUCACUCGGAAAGGAUGUAAUGCAAAUCGAACGUCGCGACAUGAAUCAGGCAAUAGAACGAAGCCUCAAUCCAGUCCUCGGUGAGGAGGAGGCGGAAGAGUACAAGAGGUACAUGUCUCACCCGCUAAACCUCCCCCUCGUUGUUACCUUGGAGCCCCCAGAGGAUGUCGACCCGGACUCUGUUUAUUUCGACUACGUGAAUAAUACCUCGCCCGAGGCCGCGGCCGGGAUGACGGCAAAGGCGGAGGAUGUGGCGCUGUAUGGUGAAUUUGUCGAGGUCCCGGAGAAUCCCCUCAGCGUUGACGAGACGGACCGGGAGAAGAAGAGGUAUAUCGCCUAUCAGAGGUGGAUCACCACCGGGAAUUUUAAGCACUUGAGGAGUGUGGGGAAUAUUAGAGCUUGAUAACGUGGAUAAGGAUGGGGCCUGAAGUUGUUUUGUGGCUGGUGGUAUGGUAGGGUUGCUUGUGAGGGGGAAAAGAGGGGAGGGGGUUGUGAGAUGUGGACAUACGAUCCCCUCUUCUUGCACCUCCAUUCCCCCGCUUGUGGGCGUUUUUUUUUUGCGGCUUUUGCGAUACCAUUGGUGAAGCUAUGAUAGCAAGCUUAGCUUAGCUUAGGUUUUAUAUGUAAUGUGUACCCUAUUGACUAGCCUUUAUUGAUGAUAAUUUGUGGAGGGGGCUCUUUGGCCGGGUCGAGGCUAUUCAAGGAAUAUUCGUUCCUACCGGGUCAACUGUUGUUGUUGUUGUUCUUAGUACGAUAUUAGAAGGACAAAAAGGCGAUACAAAUGCUGAUGAUGUAGACCUAGUCAGCAGUUCAAGGAGGGGCAAUUUAAGUUUCAAACAA